CGCUGAAAAUGGAAAAGACUACAGUGUGGGACCGAGAAGCGGUAAACACAUUGCUCUUCAGAGGCGGUCACGAUAUGCCGUCUGUGCCGUAACUUCGAAAUGCGCAUAUUUCAACGGCCGUGGACGCUGGCUAGAAGAAGUUCCUCAGGCUGCUCCUCGUAUGAUGAAGGCCAGGCAGUGACAAAGAACUGUCAUCCUCAUACCAAUCACAAGCCACAUAGGCAGGCGGACAAGUCAACCUUGUGAAUGUUGCGGUAUUGUGUAAUCUCAAUAUCAACAACAGCCGUCUACGCCACAUCUUCCCAACCAUCCCUCCAGCGUACCUUGCUUGGCCUACCUCUUUCUCAUGGAACAAUCGCACCAUCCGUCCACCAUGCAACAAACAACCAAAACCGCCCACAUGACAAAAUACCAAACCCACAGACCAGCCGGGAGAGCCCAGCAAGCCCAUUAUUUCCCUUACUAUGCAUUUCUCUGCCACGUAGAAGACGAGAGAAAGCGGCGACCGAAACAAAGACAACAACACAGCGACAAUGCGAUGAUGCCUGCUCGUGGCAGUGCCCGACUCCAUCCAGUCCCCUUAUAUAGUGUGCAAAAUGAUAAGUCACAAAGGUGUAGAAAGACCAAGCGGUAAACCGGAUUCGUCUCCUCCAGGACUGAGCCUAUUUCUUUCUUGUCUUC